AUGGCAGCUAAUCCCAACACCGAGGAGCAAGCGACGGAGACUACUGCUCUCCUCAACCGAAAGUCCACACAGGCGCGCUACUCCGUAUUCACCACCACUCAAAAACGAAUUUUGAUCUCCACAGCCUCAUUGGCCUCAACGCUCUCUCCCUUAUCAGCAAAUAUCUACUACCCAGUGCUAAAUUCGAUGGCAAAAGAUCUCCACGUCAGCCACGCAAUGAUGAAUUUUACUAUUAUGGGCUAUAUGUUGUUACAAGCUUUUGCGCCGACUAUCGCUGGUUCCAUCGCUGAUGUCGUUGGACGCCGGCCUGUCUACAUCUUUUGCUUUCUCAUCUACAUCGCUUCAGAUGUAGCUCUUGCUCUGCAGAGAACCUUUCCUGCUCUCGUUAUUCUUCGAGCUGUUCAAAGUUCCGGCAGCAGCCCAAUGGUCGCUCUUGCGAGUGCUGUUGCGGCAGAUAUAGUAACUUCCGCUGAAAGAGGCAUGUACCUUGGGAUCGCGUCACUUGGCUCUGCGCUCGCCCCCUCCCUCGGACCAAUCAUAGGUGGCAUACUUAGCCAUUGGUUCGGUUGGCCAUCUAUAUUCUGGUUUCUAGCAAUUGUGGCUACGUUAUUCUUCGUGCCAUUCCUGCUGUUCUUUCCGGAAACUUGCAGAACAAUUGUCAAAGAUGGAUCCGUACAACCGCUGGGGUUCAAUCAGACACUUUAUCAAUGGAUGAAGCAGAGCCCGAAACAGUGUAGUGAGGGAGAAGAACCAGAGAGAGAUUUAACGUACUCAGGAAAAGCAGGUAUCAGUCUACCCGAUCCUCUUGUCACCCUGCGAGUCGUGUUCCAGUUCCCUACGGGAAUUGUCAUGCUUGGUAAUGGCAUUCUCUUCGCGAGCUACUACGCUGUCAUGUCUAGUGUUCCCUCACAGUUCGAGAUCUUAUAUGGAUUCAACGACCUCCAAAUCGGUUUAGCCUUCAUACCAGCGGGGCUAGGGACCCUAUUCAGUGCUUUCACAAAUGGUGUAAUUGUCGAUUGGAACUACCGACGUGUUGAAGCCGCCCUGGAAAAGAGAGAUGAUAACGAGCAAAACGCAAAAGAGAACUUCCCUUUCGAAAAGACGCGGCUGCAAAUAGCUUUGCCUAUGAUGGUCUUAGCGGCUAUGUCUAUCAGUAUUUACGGUUGGGUCAUUUUCUUCCGCAACCCAAUCUGGGCUCCUAUGGUUUUGCUUUUUCUUAUUGCCUUUUCGGUUACUGGGGCCUACAACGUAAUGAACAUAUUGGUCGUCGAUCUCAAUUACUCAAAGCCUGCAACGGCUAUGGCAGCCAACAACUUGGUAAGAUGUACACUUGGAGCGGCUGCCACGGUUCUCAUUCACCCAUUGCUCGACUGGGUCGGCAGAGGAUGGAGCUUUACUUGUGUUGCUGGCGCUAUUAUAGCAGCCACACCACUCCUCCUUGUGUCUUACAGGUGGGGACUUGCAUGGAGAGCGUCCUCAAAGGAAUAA